UAUUUUUCAUUUCACCAGAAGAUGGCAGUAGCCCUGUGGCCGCACUCUGGCCGCCGCGACCCUUGACCUUGCGUGAUCGUUUCAGCCCAGCCCAUUUCUAACAUGGCGUCUGUAAACAAAAAAAAGGAAAGUUGACCGCGAGGGCCGCCGCUUCCAGGACAAGUGGAAAUUUGAGUAUUUUUUCACUGAAAUACGAAACAACUGUGUCUGCCUAAUUUGCCAAGAGACUGUGGCUGUUUUCGAGGAAUUCAACAUCAAGAGGCACUACCAGACGAAACAUGCUAGCUACGACAAGCUAACUGGGAACAAACGCGGUGAAAAAGUGAACAACUGGAAGCUGUUUUAACGGCACAGCAAAGCUUUUUCACAAGAGUCCGUGAGUCAAAUGAAAAUGCCACAAAGGCAAGCUACGAAGUGGCAACGCUGAUUGCAAAGCACUGCAAACCUUUCACUGAGGGUGAAUUUAUUAAAGACUGUGUAAUGAAAAUGGUUGAGAAAAUUUGUCCCGCGAAGAAGCAAGAGUUUGCCAAUAUUUGCCUGGCUCGUAAUACUGUGGUACGGAGAAUUGAAGACGUUUCAUUAGAUAUUAAGAGACAGUUAGAGGCAAAAGGAACUGAGUUUGACUCUUUCUCGUUAGCGUGCGAUGAAAGCACGGAUGCGUCCGACACCGCUCAGUUACUGAUCUUUUUAAGAGGAGUGGACAAUGACAUGAACGUGAGUGAAGAGCUUCUGGACCUCCAGAGUCUGAAGGGCCAAACAAGAGGAACGGAUUUAUUUGUUUCUGUUUGUUCCACCGUAGAUGACAUGAAACUACAGUGGAAUAAAGUCACCGGGAUUAUUACGGACGGCGCACCUGCCGUGGCUGGCGAGCGGAGUGGAUUAUCAAGCCUUGUCUGUAACAAAUUCAGCGAAGAAGGAGGCAGCGCUAUUAAACUCCACUGUAUUAUUCAUCAAGAAGUUCUCUGUGCCAAAUAUAUGAAAUAUGAUAAUAUUAUGAAACCGGUGAUAAAGACUAUUAAUUAUAUUCGCUCCAAAGCGCUGUGCCACCGCCAGUUUCAACAGUUUCUUCUCGACAUCCAGGCUGAAUACGGAGAUGUUUUGUAUCACACCGACGUAAGGUGGCUCAGUCGGGGGUCUGCGCUGCAGCGCUUCUUCUCUCUCAGGGAGGAAAUUGGACAAUUCUUGACUAAAAAGGGACAACCCAUGCCACAAUUAAAUGAUCCUGUUUGGCUGGCUGAUUUGGGAUUUUUAGUUGACAUAACGCGACAUCUGAAUGCGCUGAACACAAGCCUUCAAGGGCAAAAUGCAGUGGUAAGCCAACUGUAUUCACACAUCAAAGCCUUUCGGACCAAGCUGCUACUUUUCCAAAGACACCUGUCACAGGCGCAGCCCAAUACCGCACAUUUCCCGUCGCUGCAGGAAAUUGUGACCAGUUUCCCACAGAUCAAUAUCAGUGCGCAAAUGACAAAGUAUGCAGCAGACAUCUCAUCUCUGGUUGAGGAGUUUCAGCAGCGCUUUCGGGACUUUGCAGCUAUUGAAAAGGAGAUCACGCUUUUUUCCUCUCCUUUCUCCGUGGACCCUGAUGACGCUCCAGACCACCUGCAACUGGAGCUCAUUGAGCUGCAGUGUGACGCCGAGCAUCGCAGUCGGCACCAACAGCUCCCUCUUGUCAACUUCUACCGCCAGCUGGAUGAAGGCAGGUUCCAAGCAAUUCGGACAUUUGCUAAGAAAAUGCUGAGCUUGUUUGGCUCCACAUACAUGUGCGAGAAGACAUUCUCCGUUAUGAACAUUAACAAGAGCCGCAUGAGGACGAGACUGAGUGACUCUCACCUGCGUGACGUCUUGCGCAUCAGAACCACUGCUCUUGAGCCAGACAUGGACUACAUACUGCAGUCAAGAUCCCAGUAUCACCCUUCACAUUAGUGCAGGUGCAGGCAGCCGAGACUGGAUGUCACGCAGAGGACGCUCCACCGCGACUAUGGACUGGUCCUCCAGCAGGGUCAAACUCAAGAGGGGCUG